CCUUUCCCUUAACCCGGAGAAUAAACACGGAGCGGCGGCUGGAGCAGUAUUGACCUCCCCCCCCCUCCCCGGUGCGCACCAUCCAUGGUCCUCCACUGGAUGUCUGUCUGUCUGACAGGAGGGUUGGUGUUACUUUGCUGAAGUGACAGAGGCAGGCCCGGAGGUGAAGAGAACGAGCUAGGAGUCCUCCCAGACAGCAGGGGGCAGCAGCAGGCAUGCAGGAUUCAGCCUCGGACAGCAAGAUGGCGAAACAGGAACACAAUUCCAAGCACCUCGAUGAGCACAGAGAAACAGAUGACAUGUCUGAGAAAACCUCACCGAACAAGAACCUCAAAUCUCCCCAGAAAGGCUCCAAACGACUCAAAACUGCCCCCUUCAAAGUGACGCUGCUGGAUUCCUCUGAGUUUGAAGGAGAAAUUGAGAAACAUUCCAGAGGACAGACUCUGAUGGAUAUGGUGUGCGAGCAUCUUAACCUGUUGGAGAAGGACUACUUCGGCCUGACCUUUGCCGACACAGACAGCCAGAAGAACUGGUUGGACCCCUCCAAGGAGAUCAAGAAGCAGAUGCGCAAUGCUCCGUGGCACUUUGCCUUCUCUGUCAAGUUUUACCCUCCAGACCCCUCCCAGCUCACAGAGGAUAUUACCAGAUACUACCUGUGUCUGCAGCUGAGGGAUGACAUGCUGUCAGGUCGACUGCCAUGCUCAUUCGUCACUCACGCCCUCCUGGGCUCCUACACUGUUCAAGCCGAGCUGGGAGACUAUGACCAAGACGACCACGGCUCCGACUACGUCAGCGAUUUCCGCUUUGCCCCCAAUCAGACUCGCGAGCUGGAGGAGAGGGUGAUGGAGCUCCAUCGAAACUACAAGGGGAUGACUCCAGCAGAGGCCGAAAUUAACUUCUUGGAGAAUGCGAAGAAAUUGUCCAUGUAUGGGGUAGACCUGCAUCACGCCAAGGAUUCUGAAGGGAUUGAAAUAAUGCUGGGUGUUUGUGCCAACGGCCUGCUGAUUUACCGCGAUAGGCUGAGGAUCAAUCGCUUUGCCUGGCCAAAGAUCCUCAAGAUUUCAUAUAAGAGGAGCAACUUCUAUAUCAAGAUAAGACCUGGGGAGUAUGAACAGUUUGAAAGUACGAUUGGUUUCAAGCUUCCCAACCACAGAGCUGCCAAGAGGCUUUGGAAGGUCUGCAUCGAACAUCACACCUUCUUCCGGUUGGUUUCUCCAGAGCCUCCUCCGAAGGGCUUCUUGGUGAUGGGUUCAAAGUUUCGAUACAGUGGAAGGACACAAGCUCAGACCAGACAGGCCAGCGCUCUCAUUGACAGGCCUGCUCCUCACUUUGAGCGUUCUACCAGCAAGAGAUACCUUCUGUCCAGGAGUUUGGACGGAGAGUUCUCACGGCCGGUGUCAGCCAUGUGUGAAAACCACGACGGCCUGUCCCACCGCAGCAUCAGCGAGCAGCGACGUCUCCACAGCCCCUCCGUGGACGAGCAAGAGACGGAGCUGGAGCCCAGUAUGGAGCAGGACGAGGACGACAAGGACCAAGAGCUGGGCCAGGAGACGGAGGAGGACAAAGACCAAGACGGCAACGUGACUCCAAGCAAGAAGAAGGAGAUCAUGUUUCUGGAUAAGUCGCAGGACGUGUUGCUGAAGCACCAGGCCAGCAUCAAUGAGCUGAAGAGAGCCCUGAGGGAGCCCAACAGCAAGCUGAUGAACCGCGAGAAGCGUCUGUCAGGGACCUCUCCAACUGGCACGCCGGAGAAGAAGGCUUUGGCGGGCCGAGCAGUGGGAAAGGACCCUGUUAACAGCCUGUCUGUUGAGGGUUUCGUCCAGAAGACUCUGGUGACUUCACCUGAGGGCUCUGAGGAGUGGGUAUUGAUUGAAAAACAAGAACCUUAUCAACAAGACCAUGACUGGAAGGCAGAAGAAAAGAACAAAUGUCUCACAUCUGAUUCCUCAUGGGAGAAAAAGGAUCUGGAAAAAGAGAUAGACGUUGCCAAGAUGAUACAUAAAGAGGUAACAGGGUAUGACAGAAAAGAAACGAAAAGCCAUAUUGAUGAGUUUCCAUCAACAAAAUCGUUCAAAGAGGCAGACGCAUGCUCUGAGCCUUCGCGUUUUGUGAUUCAAUUAUCUGAGAAUGCAGACUCGUUUCAAGACAAAUCUCUAAGUAAGACAUCUCAAGCCUCAGACCCUGAGGCGAACAAUGAUGUGGCCCCGGGCUCGCGCCAGAUAAAGGAGCGCACCGCUUCAAAACCGAGGAAAAAGAGGAGACCCCAGAGCUUAAACCUGGGGAUGCCUGCAGAGCUCAUCUACAGGAAAGGUGGCAGCGAUUCUACCGGGGAGGAAAAUGAGGGCUCAGACUCGGACAACAGUCCAGAAAAAAUGUCUAAAAGAGGAAAUCAUUGCGAGUCGCCCCCAGCGGUGAUGAUGAAAGAUGAUCAGGGAUUAGGAAAGGAUCAGUCUGUCAGGGUCUAUAAAGACAGCAAACAAGAGGAUGUAUCGGUUGGAGAAAGCAGGGAUGUCUCCACUCAAGGAGCAGAACAGGUAAAGAAAAAAGUGAGCCAGGGUGGGACGGCAGAUAUUGAUUCAGGCUCAGUGAACGGACCUGGAAAGAUAGAGCAUGAUAGUUCAUUACCGGGUGUUAAAGGAGAGUGCGCGAUAAAGGUGCGAGGGAAGAGCCUUAUUGACAACAAGGAGCUAGCGGAGGUGAAACUCCGACAGGUCAGGACGCACGAAAGAAAGAUCAGUAGCUCUGGAGGAGAAGACGUCGAGGGCUUCCUGGGCGACAGAGGUCAGAGGACGUCCCUCCACCGACUGUCAGGCAGCAGCUAUCAGUCGGAAAUCACCAGGAUCGUUCCUCUCAAGCCGGAGCGGUCAAAGAGCGUAGCAUGUAAGGACGAGAGGGACUGGACCGGGCAGGAAGAGCCCACGCGGGUCAUCAGAAGAGAAUACCGCUGGUCGGUCGGCUCUCCAGAGGGAUCCUCAGACCUCAACUGGACCGACGUGUCCACCUUCCAUCCGGCGUUCGCGGCAGAUCUGGAAGGCGUUGCUAAAACAGAACAUCCGGACGAUAGCUUUCAGCCUGGUCGAGGAUCUACGGAGACGCAGUUAUUUGGCGCAAAGAUUUCAGUGCUUCCCAAAAUGGCUCCUCCAGCCCCACCGGUGAAAACACAGAAGGCCAGGGAGUCUGGACUAAUACUGCGGAACAGCCGAAAUGCCGGCAGGGAGCCCGUCCUGGAUGCGGCCAAGAAGAGACACUCGGAGCCUGUCUCCACUCCUGCCAUCUAUGAAGAGCCGUUUGCCGAUUUCAAGAAGGAGCUCGGGGAGAGGAGGCCUCAGCCGAGCGUAGCCUCGGAGGAGGACCAGGAGCGAGACACGGUGGCCGGCAUGAGGGAAACGCACCUGGGCAUCGAGCGCAAGUGCUCCAGCAUGACGGUCAGCUCCACGUCCAGCCUGGAGGCCGAGGUCGACUUCACCGUCAUCACGGAUCUCCACUCCGGCGUGGAGGACUUCUCUAAGGGCAUGUCAGAGCUGGGGCUGAGGGAGCGACAGCCAGAGGUGGGCCGGGAGGACUUUGAGGAAACCUCCAGGUUCUACUCUGCUCGUCUCAUGGGCUCCCGCGACAAGUCUCCAAUGGAGGAGAAGCUUCCUGAGGAGGGAACGCAUCAUGAGCCUCCUGUGGCAAAGAAAGACCCCAGCGCUGUGAGUGUGGCCCACAAACUGAAGAGGGCCGACACCAAGACGGAGACGCACACGAAUGGAUCAGAAGUCCACCCCAACAACAUGAAUGUCUCACCACAGAACUAUGGAGCCAUCAGCCCACGGGAGGCUCCUGCUGCCCUUAAAGAAAAUGGCUCCCCUGUAAAAGCCAGCACCCAGGGGAGGGAGUCUGUUGUGUCCCCACUGACCAUCACCGCUGAAAGCGUCACCUCAGCAACCACAACACAAGUUACCAAGACUGUGAAAGGAGGCUACUCAGAGACCAGAAUCGAGAAAAGGAUUAUAAUCACAGGAGACGACGAUGUGGAUCAACAUCAGGCGCUCGCCAUGGCGAUCCAAGAGGCCAAACAGCAGCAUCCCGACAUGCUGGUGACAAAAGCAGUGGUUAUCAGGGAAACAGAGUCUCCCACUGAGGAGCUGCAGCAGAAAGCAGAGGGGGACAGAUUUUUUUUGCCCCCGAGUUAUUUAUCAUUUAGUAUCUGCUGUUACAGGCUCACACUCCACGAUGUUUUUCUGGAUAAUACACACUUUAAAUAUUGUGGAAAUGCUGUCGUAGCAGUUUGCGCCACCUCUUACUGUUUAACGCUGUAGGGAGCAGAGAUGUUCAGAGAGCAUUGUGGGGGUUUGGCUUGUACAGGAGCACCGUGACAAAGUCUGUCAGCAUGGGACAAAUGUCAUGUUUGUAUUACAAAUUGUUCGAAUAUUGAUUAAUAAUGAUGCAUUUAAUGAGAAAAUGAUUCAGAUGUAAACAAAUCAUUGGGCUUGGGUUGAUGCUGAUACCAAUCUGUUCAAUAUUGCCUUGAUUAGCAUCAUGUUUUAACUGUAAUUGGAUCUCUUGAAGGAAAUGUGCUCGUGAAAUAUGUAUGUUUUAGGUGCAAAAUCCUUUGUGAUGGUAAUUUUAUGUGCAGUUUGGUGCAGAGCAGGUGGCACACAGAGGGUUUAUAUGGACUUUUUUUUAACUGAAAACUACUGUUGGGAGCAGAAAGGAUGAACCAAAACGGUAAAGUGGAGAGACAGGGAUGUAAAAGAGGCUGAAGGGGAAAAGAGUUGGGUGAUAAUUCAAUGAGGGUUUGUUACUACGAGCAACAUCUUUAAUGCUACACAGUCAUUUUAAUAUAAAAAAUAUAUUCACAGCAAGUUUUCACAGAGGUUCCAGUUUUGACGCAUGUUUGCACCCUGCCUGAAAAGUUCAAAACCACAAGAUUAACACGGUUACUUUUCCUUAUUUUUGUUUGUUUUCUCUGUGGGAUUAACCCUGUUAAAUUAUGCCGUAUGAGUUUGUACUUAUAUUUAUAGGAGUGGUGAAUGUGAACGCCUCCCUGUUCCCCUUCAAGACAGAGCCGAGACCACAUUGUGUGACAAAAACGUGAAGCGCCAUCCAUCCACAGAGCGUGUUGGCCGUCACAUAUAUCGAUAUAUCCUGGGUGACCUUUAAUACUAUACUAUGCAUCACUUAUCAAACAUACGAAUCCCUCCGAUGGAGCCUGACCCAUGUUAGCCGUGUUGCCGUCAUUGUUGACUUUGUGCUACCGUUAACCAGAGCAGUGAAGCGCACUGCUUGUGAGAUUUGCAAUAAGCAGCCAUUAUUCUUAUCCUCUGUCCUCUAAAGGGAGAAAACUGUGAACUCUCAAGUGUACCGAAGCGUAACCAAAACAUACAAAAACAUAGAGUUUUAGGAAGAUAAUCGAAGGAGCUUUUCCAACACUUGUGACCAUGGCUUUGUCGUCUAAUCCUCCCCCCCCUCCACCCCCCGACUUGAAUCUGUCUACCUGCUGUUGAUGUGUCUGUGGAAACAAGAGAUUCACAAACUGAUGAUUUGUAUAUUCUAUUUUGCUCUAUUUUAUUUUAUCUGGUCAUAUGACACUGGACUGUUGUGAAGGCACUUGCUUUGCAAUGAUGGCAGCACAUGUACUGUAAACUGCUGGGAAAACAACAACAACCUGUCUGCUGUAAGAACUGGACACACUACUGAUGGGAGGUGACGUCUGUAGAGAUCAGGAGAGACGCUGUGUACUGCGGGUGAGGUGGUGAGUUGAAGGACAGAGGGCCUGUAUUUAUAUAUAUAUAAAUAUCUGUACUUCUGUGUAUUAUCCUGCACACUAUGUAGAAACUGUCAGGAGCAGAGAUGAGGUUUUUUUUUUUUUAGGUUCAAGGGACAAGGCAGUAAGUGAAAUCCGAAGGACAGCGGUGCAAUAGAAACGUCACAUGAAUGGGUGCCUUAUGUUUGGAGUCAUGGUUAUGGGAGCGAGGAGCCGGCAGUUAUCAGUGCUCAAGCUGAAAGUGCUCUUAAUCACCGCAAGGCAGACGGAGAAACAAGCCUCUCCUCCUCCGUCCAAGGUGAGGAGGAGCUGUCUCGAGAAGUGAAUUACUGUCUUGUAAAGGUGAUGACAUUGAACGGAUCAAAGAAGUCCCUCCGAAUCUGGAGUCCUCAACGAGAUGAAAAUAUUUAUUGGCCCCAUUAACUUAAGAAAAACCAGCACAGUGCAGAUCAUGUAUAUGAGGAUUUUUCUCUGUGAAGACCAUCGAGCCGCUCUGCUGUUUAGCCUCCACCUUCAAUUCACCACUGCCUUUUGCUCUACAUUCCCCUAGUGCUUGGUGGUGUGCAUUUGCUGUAUUUGCAUUCAGUCUAAAUGGAAAACAUACCUGCAUAAAUAAAUGUCUCAGUAUGAUUCAAAA